UUCCGCUGCCUCCGCCGCCGCCAAGGCCUUCCCGUCGUGGCUGUGUCGUGGUUCGUGUCUCUGCACCAUGUCCAGUGGCCUCCUGAAGGCGCUACGCAGCGACUCCUACGUGGAGCUCAGCGAGUACCGGGACCAGCACUUCCGGGGUGACAAUGAAGAACAAGAAAAAUUACUGAAGAAAAGCUGUACGUUAUAUGUUGGAAAUCUUUCCUUUUAUACAACUGAAGAACAGAUUUAUGAACUCUUCAGCAAGAGUGGUGAUAUAAAGAAGAUCAUCAUGGGUCUGGAUAAAAUGAAGAAAACGGCAUGUGGGUUCUGUUUUGUGGAAUACUAUUCGAGAGCAGAUGCAGAGAAUGCCAUGCGGUAUAUAAACGGAACUCGUCUGGAUGACCGGAUCAUACGUACAGACUGGGAUGCAGGCUUUAAGGAGGGCAGGCAGUAUGGACGUGGACGGUCUGGGGGUCAGGUUCGAGAUGAGUAUCGGGAGGACUAUGAUGCUGGGAGAGGCGGCUAUGGCAAACAGACACAAAAACAGUGAGUGGUGAAAGCCCCAAGUACACAGCUCACUCUGUUGAUGAUGUUGGAGAACAUUAACCAAGGUCUGAUCAGUAUAGUAUCUCUGUUGCACUGGAAGCCACUUCUGGUUUUCCUCUGAAAUAUUAAAAGACAGAAUCCAAAAGAAUGACUUUAAUUCUAGUUUCAUUAGGUUGAUUUUGUUACUAGGUCAAAAACUGUAUUCCUGGGCAACAGAAUCUGUGUCAAUUAAACUGUCUGCUGAAUGCCACACAUCUUUUAAGGAGACUGGGAAAUGUCAGAAUUGACAUUACAAGCAGGCUAGUAAUCUUCAUGGGGCCAGAAAUGAUUUUUUUUUUUUUUAAUAUUGUAAGUUUGCAUGUGUACUACUGAGGUUUUGCUAUAGUCUUUAUAGUAGCUUGGCUUUUUAUGUUUCAAUAUAAUUGGUACAGAAGUCAGCCUGCUCUGGUCCUGGAAUGCUCCUUGCCUCUGUGCUUAUACAUCAGUACUUGAAGAGUGUUCACUAAACACAUCCCUCAAAAAAUAUAAAUGUUUCAGUGACAGCUUAAAACAAAACCAAAACCAAAACCCCAAGGACUGUUUUAUACAAAGAGCCUCUGCUGUCCAAAGAAGUAGGGGAAGACAUUGUCAGUAGGGAAUGGAAUCUAAGUUCAGACACUGCCUUGACAUAUAUAUUGUGGCCAUUAGAUCAUUUCUUCCCAUUUUCAAAACGAAUAGAAUGGGCUUUUGAAAAGGGCUUCAGCCAGUACCAUCCUAGCUACUUGGGAAGCUGAAGCAAGAGAGUCAAAAGUUCAAGGCUACCCUGGGCACCUUUUGAGUUUGCCUCAAAAUAGAAGGUAGGGGAAGAUACAGGGUACAGUGGGUAGAUACCUACAUGAGGGAGCAACAGUAAGAGUUUGAAAACUGGGAGUCUCUAACAACACAAAGCCUCCUCCAGGAAAUGUUUGUUGUAGCUAAUAGUAAGGUGAAGGGCUCUACAGAGGAAGUCUAGAGAAUUUUGCAUUUUUGUUCUAACAUUACAUGAUUUUUCAUGAUAUAAAGAAAAUGGUGGGGGGGGGUCUUUUCAUCUGCUACCUUCUAAUUCUCACAAGUUUUUCAAGAGUGGGACAGAACAUUAUUGAGGCUGCAAUAAGUGUGGUUUUCUUAGAGCUGUAACAACUGUAAUGAAACAACUUAGGGAGCCCAUUUGCAAACACAUUAAAACUUUUAUACUGCAGUUUGAACUGUUUGUUAUAUUCUUUUGUAGUAAAGCAUAACUCAGAUUUCUAUAAUCUUAUGAUCCAAAACAGGAAGAAUUUUAUCUUCUGUAAUAAGUUUCAAUAAAUGUAGACCAAUUUA